GUUCUCCUGUGUGAUGGCACGCAUCCAAAAAACAAAAACAACGGGCAACUCCCUUCCAGGUAACUUACCACUUUGGGACAGAGGAGCGCCGACAGAGGUUCUCAGCAGAGAAGAUCUCAAAGACAUUCCAACAUUAUGGAGUCAGCCGAAGUUGUAGCAGCUAAUGUGGACAGCAAGAGAAGUGUUACCAUUGAAAUCUCAAAUUUCACCAGCAACUACUGCCUCAUCAACCCCAGGGUCUACCUUGACAAUGGGGAGACAUACAACUGUCCUCAGCCUACAGUGCGUCCUCUAAGGACAGAGGUAUGCACCUUCUCUAAGUCCAGCGGCAAAUCCACAGGAAGUGUUGGUGUGCUGACCUACGACCUUCUCGAGAAGUCUCGGGUUGACUUCAUCGAGACUGUGGCCAUCAUGUUCUCAGUUCCCUGGGACUACAACCUGUACAAGAAUUGGUUUGCAGUGGGCUUGUAUGCAAAAGGCCGCGAGUGUGAUGAGGCUCUGUUUAAAGAAAUGUACUAUGAGAAGAAGCAGAAAGAACAUGGGUUUGUCAGGGAGGAAGCCACAGGGUCGAGUAUUAAUUAUGUGAGUAAGUACAUGGAUAUCAAGGCUACCAUGGGGCCCCUGGGUAAAGCCAUCAUGAAGGUAGAGGUGUGGGAUAAGCUUUUCACAGUUGGAGGCCAGCAGCCGUACUGAAGAUACCCCUGCUGAAUUCAUCCCUCCGUCUCCAGCUUUUCCAAUAGACUUAUUAUAAAACAGUCAGCACGCAUGAUUUCACAGAUGUAUUGUUGCUGACAUGUGUCUGUAUACCUGGGUAUUACCCUUCAGUAAAUCUGCUUAAGAUCAGAGUUUAGUCUGUGUAUAAAUCCAGGCAGCAGUAACCCCUUUUCAUAGCAGAUGCCUCUGUCUGUUACAAUAGCAUCCGGUUUUAAAACGGCAUCUUUAGAAAUGAAAAUCAAAGGAUGACUCACUGGAGGAUGCGGGCACAUAGAUUAAUAAAACACAUUGUGCACUUGUCUGUAUUUACCUUAUCACUGUAGUCUGAGGAAUAAAAUAAACCUUUUUUGCUGAA